AUGCAAAGGCUCCGACAGUACGCUCUCUACCACACUGUUCGUCUGUUGUCGAAAGUUGAUACCCUGAAGCACCUGCUCGAUAGUCCGUCUUCUACGAGGAACAUAACAAAAUGGUGUUGUCAGCUCACGAAGUACGACAUUGAGUAUGUGUCAUGCACAUCAAUGAAGGACCAAGCAAUAGCAUAUCAUCUAGCAGAGUUCCCGAUCGAGGAUGUCACAUCGAUCAACUAUGACUUUCCAGACGAAGGGAUCCUCCAAGUAGACGAUGAAGAGGGGAGUCUUGGGUGGAAGAUGUAUUUCGACAGCGCGGUCAAUUCCACUAUGUUUAGUAUCGAUUCAAUACUGAUAUCCCCUGAAUGGCAUCAUUUCCCUGUUGCAACGAAGAUUGAUUUCCCCUGCACUAACAACGUAGCCGAAUAUAAGGCAUGUAUCAUCGCCCUGCAAGCGGCAAUCUACCUCAAAGUCAAAGAGCUGGAAGUGUUUGGCGAUUUAAUGCUCGCAAUCUUUCAAACGCUCAAGCAAUGGAAAACAAAGGAUCCAAAACUGGUGCCGUAUCACAAAUAUCUCGAAGAAUUGACAAAGAACUUCGAGAAUAUCUCGUUUACAUACACACCGCGCAUGAAGAACCAGUUUGCCGAUGCACUCGCAAUGCUCGCAUCCUUGCUAAGCAUUACGAAGGAGAAUCUCAUCGAGCCCCUCAAGUUUGAGAUUGCUAAGGGCCCUACCUACUGUGACAUGAUCGAGGCUGUCGAUGGCAAGCCUUGGUGUGCAAACAUCAAGCAUUUAUUACAAAUUGGUCAAUUCCCUACAUUCACUGAUCGGCAUGACCGGAGGACUCUUCGACGCAUUGCAGCACAUUUCUUCCUGAGUGGCGAGACUCUCUACCGCCAUUCAUUCGACGCCACAUUACUCCGGUGUGUCGACAAAACUAUCGAUUACUCCACCAAGUGGAUAGAAGCUAUCACCUUUGCAUCAGUCACUGCAAAGGCCGUGGCCCGUUUCCUCAAAUGCGACAUCAUUGCGCGGUACGGGGUCCUUGCGACUCUCAUCAUAGACAAUGCCAAUAACUUGAACAACAUCGCAAUUCCUCUCCGUAUCAUCCCCAAAUGA